AAAAGGGAUAGGGCAUCAACUUGUCAAGCAGCUUUUAGUAUUGUUUAAUUCAUAUAUGGCUCUGACUGCGGAGGCUGGCACCACUGUUCACCCAUUCAACCUUUCCUGGCAAACAAAGGCAGUUGGGGGACUUGCAGGUAGACAAUCCUCCAUAAAUAUCACAGGAAGAAGAUCUGAUUAUCAUGGGAGAUUGGGAGUUUCUCGAAAAGUUGCUAGACCAAGUGCAAGAGCAUUCUACAGCUAUUGGCAAGAUAUGGCUCAUGGUACUUUUCAUCUUCAGAAUUUUAAUUUUAGGUCUAGCAGGAGAGUCAGUAUGGGGAGAUGAACAAUCAGAUUUUACCUGUAAUACAGAACAGCCUGGAUGUACAAAUGUUUGUUAUGACAAGGCCUUCCCCAUCUCCCAUGUCCGCUAUUGGGUUCUCCAGUUUCUGUUUGUAAGCACCCCUACCCUGUUCUACCUGGGACAUGUGAUCUACCUAUCUAGAAAAGAGGAGAAACUAAAGCAAAAGGAGAGUGAGUUGAGGGCUCUUGAUGAGAAGGAUCAAUGUGUCGAUGAUGCCAUUGCUGUUAUAGAGAAAAAACGUCUAAAAAUCUGCAUUCAAGAAGAUGGAAGAAUAAAGAUCAGAGGAGCCCUCAUGGGUACCUACACAGUGAGUGUCAUUAUGAAAAGUGUAUUUGAAGCUGGUUUUCUUUUAGGUCAAUGGUAUCUCUAUGGCUUUGUGAUGCCUCCACUCUACGUGUGUGAGAGGGUUCCAUGUCCUCACAAGGUGGACUGCUUUGUAUCUCGACCGAUGGAGAAGACUAUCUUCAUUAUUUUCAUGCUGGUUGUGUCACUCAUCUCUCUCUUACUUAAUGUGCUGGAGCUCAUUCAUCUAGUUUGCAAGAGCAUGUUGCAUACCAUGAAGAAGUAUUCUCCCUAUAUCUCCAGCAAUAAGUAUCCCAAAGAUGAUAUGUACCCAGGAAAAUCCCCUGAAAAUUCUGCAAUGCCUUUCCAAGAGAAAUCUUAUCUCUACCUCCCAUCCACUGACAAUAUUUCAUAUCCACCAUACAAGAUGCCAACUGAACAGAACUGGGUAAAUUUUAAAACAGAGAAUCAGUUGGCCAUGAGUGGUGGAAACCAGUCGCAAAUGGGUCAUUACAACCAUAGUGCCUUUACCCCCAUCUCUCCUGAGCCCCAGACAGCAGCUCAGAAGCAUCCUAGCAGAGCGAGUAGCUCUGCAUCAAAAAAACAAUACGUUUAAUAAAGCAACUUAUAACAUCACUUCAACCUGGGACUGUAAUGCCAAGCUGGCAAGCACGCAGACAGACUUGACAGUUGACAGCUCCAAGUUACGAGAAAACGUUGGUGGCUUAAACUGCAAAACAGAGAUAAGCUUGCUGCUUCCUGUGAUUUUCAACAAAGGGCUGUGGAAGCCUUGAGGACUGUAGACUUUAAAAGUACAGAAAAACACAGUAAAUAACAAAGCUGGGUUAUCAGGAAAUUUCUUUAAAAAAAAAAAAAAGGAAUUACAAAGCUUGAAAUGGAAGACUAGUGCCACGGGCAUUGUGCUAGCUGCGUGCAUUUAUGUCUACACGUCUCCUGUGACCAUUGCUAAAUUUGUUUUUGGUUGAAACUUGUUUUGUUGCACUUAGUUAAGAGAGCUUAACUGUGAACUUCAAAUUAUUUAUGUUUUGACUAUUUACAACUGUCCUUAUCCCAGCAUACACUUGUAUCUGGAGCACUUUUAAAGUGGAGAGCCAUAAAAAAAACUUUGUAAUAGUUUGCAAACAUCUUCAGGUUAAAAUAGUGGAAUGUUUGUAGUGAUCAAAUAAAGGUGUGCAACUGCUGAUCAAUUGUUACAUUAUGAAGAACUACAUGGUGAAAUGAGAAGUAUAUUGCCAGUCCUAGUAUUGACCCACAUUGUGAUGAUCAACAAGAACUGGUCCAAGAAGAUGACGUCGAUAGUUGCAACAUUUUCAGCUCCAUGACCGCACAAGUUUCUUCAAACCAAUCUGCUGAAUAUGUAAAAACAUAAUGACUGAAUGAACAUUGUGACUUUUAUAAAAAGUGACUGCACUAUUUCUUCACAUAAGUGAAAUACUUAUUCAGUCAGCACUAUGUAGAUAAUUGUGACUUGACCUUUGUGUUUAUUUACUUUCUAUAAUGAAAUUGUUCAGUUUUUUUCUUGAUGGAAAUCAGUUUUAUUUGACAUCAACAUCUCAUUUUAAAUAAAUGUGCAAUGCAAACAA